UCCGAGAAAGAGCCAGAGAGAGAUUGAGGGUUCUCUCAACUCUCCCCAUCUCUCUCACUUGAAAACUUGCUUCCAAAUCGCUCCCUACCAUCACUUACUUGAACUCAUAGGUGAAAUUGGUAGAUGCGUCAAUGAUCUCAAAAUAGAAAACGAGAUCAGUUUAAUUCCAAGUGCAGUGGAAAAAGUUUAGUUUUCUGCCAAAUUUACUGUGUAUUCGUCUUCUUCUUCAGUUCUGAGUUUUAGAAAUGCGUGAUGUUGGCUGACAUUAUUGGCUAUAAGACACCUUCAAUGCCCCAGUUAAUCUUCAUCACACUUGCUUUGAGAUACUGCUGCAAUAAGCUUUUCUAGUGGUGAUGUGUUAGUGAGACGGUUGGCUGUGGUCAAUAUGUGGAAUUUUGCAUCCAGCUACAUAGCUGGAAGUGUUGGAUUAAAAAAUGAUUCUCUAAGGCCGACACAAGCUGCUUCUGAAUGUUCGGAUGAUGAGGGUUCUUCUGUUGUUGGGAGAGAGGAAGGACUAGAGUGCCCCAUAUGCUGGGAGUCCUUCAACAUUGUCGAAAAUGUGCCCUACGUUUUAUGGUGUGGCCAUACCCUCUGUAAAAAUUGCAUUCUGGGACUGCAAUGGGCUGUUGUGAAAUUCCCCACUUUACCAAUUCAGCUUCCGCUUUUUAUCUCAUGCCCAUGGUGCAAUCUCUUGUCCUUCCGGCUGGUUUACAGGGGAAAUCUCAAAUUCCCUCGCAAGAACUACUUUCUUCUUUGGAUGGUUGAGAGCAUGAAUGGUGAUAGGGUUAAGUCUCAUUCUACCUUCUCUGGUGAUAAUCAUCCUGUCUGGCCGGCAAAUGGAAAUGCAUCUGUGGGAAGUCAAGUGAGCCACACUCACCACCGGAGGGUACACCAUAUUCGCCAUAUCGAGCCAUCGGGUCAGAAUCAUGUCCUUGCCCCUAAUUACCUUAGUGUGGAGCGAUUGCAUUCUUCCCUUCGGAAGUCGCUGUUUUUCUUCGUUCAUUUGACAGUAAAGUUUCCACUGGUUGUGAUAUUUCUUCUGAUCAUCUUAUAUGUAAUACCUGCCUGUGCAGCUAUAUUGGCUUUGUACAUACUUAUCACGGUUGUGUUUGCUCUCCCAUCGUUUCUUCUUCUGUACUUUGCAUAUCCAAGUUUGGAUUGGCUUGUCAGGGAAAUCAUCACCUGAUGUGCUAUUGGCUUGCUUUGUUACAAGCACUGUGAAUAUAAGUUUGCUUCUACAUGAUGGUGCCUCCUAUCUGUAUUUCUAGUAUGCAAUUCGACGACGUACCAGUUUCCAUGAUGCAAUGUUAUUUUUCUCCCAAAGCUGCUUGAUCUCAACACAACCCUUCUCUGAUAUUGUCAGAAUCAUUUCAGCUCUUGUAGAUGUUCACUUGGGCAUGUUAGUUUCUCAAAUUUUGGUUCAGGAAGAUUAGAUGCAAUGCAAGUAUCACAUCUUCCAGCAGAG